GUACUUUCAAUAUUCAAGCAACUACACAAAACAAGAAAAUCAGUGUUCAAAGGAGACACUUACGCUCUUGGAGUUGUGAGGGAGAAAAUCAAUGAAGAAUUCAGAAACAAUAAAGAUGUUAAUGACUCUCAGAAAAUUGAAGAGUUACUGACUGUAGCAAAGGAUGCUGAAAUAGCAGUUAGAACUAACAUAGUUCAAAUGGAGUAUAACAAUGAUACUGGAAAUUACAAGGCACACAUCACUAAAGAUACUGAAAUGUUUGACAAUAAAGAAUUUGAUCCUAAUGCCCAGAUUCCAAGGAGACCUGGUAGACCAAAAUGUGAUGACAAAGUGUCAUGAUUUUAAUGAAAUUUCUUGUAAAUAAAUUCUUUAAUAUUAAAUGUUAGUUGCCUAAA